AUGGAUCCACUAAGUAUCGCGGCAUCUGUUGCAGGUCUCUUGACACUCACAGUUCAGGUCGUCAGGGUUUGUGAAAGUCUUUACAACGACGUAAAAAAGCGGCCGAAGUUGUUGAAAGACCUGUCAACAGAUCUAAACAGACUCGCUUCGGUCUUGAAGCAGCUACAGAAAUCUCUCACUGAGGAGCCCAGAGGAGACGAGGAUCCACUUCGUCAAUGUGUGGAGGGCUGUAAGACUAAUUUAUCUAUCAGGGACGUGCAAGCGGAGCUCGAAGCUGUCAAGGCGCUGUUCUUGAAGAACAUCGUCGUCAAGGCUUAUGCACAGAUGACCUUCAAAUCCAAGAUGGCAGCGAUUAUGGAGUCCCAGCAGCGGCUAGAUAAGUUUACGCUUGCCGUCAAUGUCGCUCUUGCAGUGCGCCAGCAUAGCUCCGCGAAAGAGGUCCACGCAAAGCCUGAUCAAUUGGCGGUUGACAUCAGGCAGGUGAAGAAAACGUCCAUUGGGCCUGCAAAUUGGGUGGAUCCGUUGCAGCAUUAUGUUGAUAAUGGGUUUGCUGCACUCAGAAAAUCGGGACCGAGCUCUGCGUCCUCAGUCAGCAGCCUAAAACUCGUGGAUCAAACUGUGUCUACUGCCAGUAGUCAAUAUGUUGAUCCUACGCCCGAUGCAGAUGCAAUCACCUCAUUUGGCUCGUUUGAUGACUGGCUUGAUACCUUUGCCUGUGAGGAAGCAGAGGACAGGGUCCACGUCGUUCCAAAAAUCAUGGACGACAUAGAGCUUGCACCAAUACGACGUCCAUUAGUUGCACCUUUCAAAGCUCAACUGCUCGUCACUGACUUGCCUUUCGGGCUUGAUAAGUCCUCACAAAGUCAGACACAGUCAAUAGCCUUGAGCUUGAGCGAUUUCUGGGACGAUGCUUUAAAUCUCCUGCAACAGAAGGGCUACCGCAAGAUCUGUGGUUUCAAAAUGGGUAACAAGCUUCUCACACCGGUCGCAUCAUAUGAGGACGAGGUGUCUGUACAUGUCACGAAAGGUUUAUCGACAUUCUCAAUGGCAGGGGGUCUGCGGAUCAACAUAGACACGCCCCUUGAACUUUACUUCGAUGACUUUAUUAGAGUCGGUGAGACGGGGCACAGCGCUCCACCCAUGACUAUUUCCAAGAUGUCUGAAGAGGGAAAGAUUAUCAUAGUCGACCACUUUGGAAUUUCGUCGAAAAAGAUAGAGGUCGGUUUCUCCAGGACUCUGCGUGUGCCCGAAGACGGAAUACUGUACAACCCACCAGUCCUACUCUCGCCGUUCCCAUUAAUCAACAGUGAGGAACUGAGCCUGGACCAUCUCUUAUUUCGCAGGAAAGGUGGACUGCUUAUUCCCCUAUGGCAGAGAGAGGCCUUGGCAUUAACAUUCUCUGGAGAACCCCCGUUAUUUCGACACAUGAAGGUACAUGCGGAUUUCGCAGUUAGAAUCUAUGCUGGUUCGGUCAAUACAAUCUCUGGUGUCACUCAGAAGCGGUCUAAAGAAGACGAUGCCCAAGACUAUGUCCUGGCGCCGCUACAGAACAGGAUUGAUGGUUUCCUGGUUCGCGCAGGGAUUGUUAAGCAGUUUGUGUCGGUGCCUCUUGGCUCAGACUAUACAGCUGAAGGCCAGGUUACUGGUCAAGAAGCUUUUGGCGGUCUUCAAAUUCUAAUUGCACCACGCUUUCGUGUCAGAGGAACAUUUCGAGGACACGAUAACCAGCGACUGACGACCCGAGAACUUGGCCUGAAGGUAGACGAUCGUCUGUACAUGUCCGGUGAUGCAGUUAGUUUGCGAGCCAAAGAAUUCGGCUAUGGGGAUGUCAGCAAGUACUUUAUCGAAGAUGGAUGCAUGUUCCAUCACAGUGAAGAAGGCCGUCCACUGUUCGUCCAUGAGAUGGCUGUCCACUUUCCUGGGAUGGGAAACCUCAGCAAACCUAUAUCGAUUAUCCCAAUUCGGCCAUACAAGGUUAUUAUAAUUGUACGCUCACCGAAAGAGUACAAGGUCACACGCUACUCUCCAGGGAAAUAUGUCGGACUCCGGCGUACCCGCUGCGGCCCGGUGGAGCUACCCCGAGAAUACUCGCCUUUCAUAGGUAUCAACGACCUGGCAAGAAGGCUUGCAAAGCUGUUAUUUGUCAACGAGGUUGUGCUCUUCACCUUGGGCAACGAAGAGAUACAACGGCCAAGCAAAUAUACCCCCAUUCACAAGGUUAUGACUGAUAAUGCGGUACUUUAUUGCCAGGGAUACACCCUCGAGUUCUUCACGGGCGCCGCGGCUGAGCGUGAACCGCAAAUUGUCACAAAACCAAAGAAAGAACUUCAGUGGGAUAUGGGCCUUGCAACGGGUGGAGAAAUCAAGCAGGCAAUUAUACCUGAUAAAGAACCUCUGGAGUGGAACUGGUCAAGGGCGAGGCUGGUCAACGUACAGAUCGUCAACUCUGUGAUCUUUGAGGCCGUCACGGGCUUUACACCGCCGCCACCGCCAAUCAGCUUCAAGGAUUAUAUCAAAGCGAAGUUGCCAUUUUUUGAGCUCCUCGGUGAUGCGUCGAUACAAGGCGGAGGAGUGCUUGACAAACUUCAUACAGUUGGACAGCGAGACGAAAAAUGGGAAUCCAGCUGCAGGCCACUCUAUCGAAGAACACGAAAGUGGUGGGAUGUGUAG